CGACACCACCCCAGAUCCCAGCGCAACUUUCUGAUACGCCCAGCGACGACGAGAACGACAACCAGCCCUUCAAAGGAAUCGCCAGUCCCCCCUAAUUCAAAAUGACCAAGGGUACCUCCAGCUUCGGCAAGCGCCACAACAAGACUCACACCCUGUGCAGGCGUUGUGGCAAACGCUCCUUCCACAUCCAGAAGUCGACCUGUGCCAACUGCGGUUACCCCUCCGCUAAGACUCGCAAGUUCAACUGGAGCGAGAAGGCCAAGCGCAGAAAGACCACCGGUACCGGCCGCAUGCGCCACCUCAAGGAGGUCCACCGCCGCUUCCACAACGGCUUCCAGACCGGUACCCCCAAGGGUGCCCGUGGUCCCUCCACCAGCAGCAACUAGAUUAGUUGCUGCUCGACGUUGCGAUUUCGUUAUCGGAGGCUGGAGAGGGCUGGUAUGACCAAGGCUGAGCAUAUGGGGUGAACCGACUCUCAAAUGCGAGGCGAAAAAAAGGACGGUUACCCGUGGGACAGUCUUUUUCACUUUUUGCCGUCAUAGCAUUUCUAUUCUAGAGAAAGGGAGAGAAAAUGGCACAUAUUGACGACAAAUGAAUAGACGGGACCUCAUUCCGUGGGGUGCUGUUGUGUUGUUCACGAACCAAAAGCAAGAAACGAACUGGGAAUGCAAUGCA